AUGGGAUUGAAAGUCAUAAAGGAAAAGAAAGGAAAUGCUGUUGAUGCAGCCAUUGUAGUUGCUUUAUGUUUGGGUGUCACUAGACCAUUUGCUAGUGGAAUAGGUGGAGGUGGAUUUAUUACUAUUUUCAUGAAUGAAACAAAGACUGUGGAUUUUAUUAAUUCAAGAGAAACUGCUCCUAGUGCUGCCAGUCAGGAUAUGUAUGAAAAUAAUUAUGAUGAAAGCGUAUUUGGUGGAAAGUCCAUUGCUGUUUAUGGAGAAAUUAGAGGAUUACAUACAGCUCACAAACUCUAUGGUAAAUUACCUUGGAAGGAGUUAUUCACUGAUGUUAUCAAUAUUGCCAGAAAUGGUUGGAUUGUUGAGCCGUUGUUGGCUAGAACUGAUUUGGCAAAUACUUUGGAGAAAAUUGCUUCAGAUGGUCCAAACAUUCUCUAUGAAGGUCCAAUUGCUCAAAAGAUUGUAGAAGAAAUACAACAACAAGGUGGCAUUAUUACAUUGGAUGAUUUGAAGAACUAUCAACCUGAAAGACCUUUCUAUGAUGAAAAUCCAAUUAUUUCUCAAAAAGACAUGACAUUGGAAUUGAAUGAUUUUAAGGUGAUUUUACCUCCACCACCAUCUGCUGGACCUGUUAUCAAGUUUAUUUUGAGUAUUUUGAAUAAUUUCAAGAUUGGUGAUAAUUCACCAAUGGGUCUUAACUAUCACUAUAUUUUGGAAGCUUUGAAAUUUGGAUUUGGACAUAGAUCCAAUCUAGGAGAUGUUAAUUUCUUACCUAAGGAAAAUGUUACAAAAUAUAUCAUUAAUCAAUUACUAAGUGAUAGUUAUGCCUCUAGUAUUGCAUCUGAGAGGGUUUCUCCAUCAAGAACAUUCCCAUGGUCACAUUAUUAUUCAGAUAAUUAUGCACCUGUUAAGGAUAAGGGUACAUCCCAUUUCUCUGUUAUUGAUGAAGAUGGAAACUCUGUUGCCAUGACCACUACAGUCAACCAUAACUUUGGAAGUAAGGUUGCUAGUGCAUCAACAGGUAUUGUCUUUAAUAACCAAAUGAAUGAUUUCACAGUAGAUCUUCACAAACCAAAUCAAUUCGGAUUACCACCAUCUGCAGCUAAUGUUAUUGCUCCAGGCAAACGACCAUUGAGCUCAAUGUCACCUGCUAUUUUCCUUGAUAAGAGUGGAAAUAGGGUCAAGUAUAUUAUUGGAGCUUCAGGAGGACCAACAAUUAUCAGUGCAAUUAUUGAAGUUUUUUAUUCAAUUGAAAAGUUUAAAGUCCAACCAAAUCUCGCAGUUGCACUUCCAAGACUUCAUGCUCAACCUGGUUCAGAUGUAGUCAAAAUGGAAGAGGGUUUCAAUAGACAAGUUAUCACUGCUCUACAAGAAAAGGGACAUACCUUUGAACCUGUUCAAAUUCUUCCAGAUGGCCAUACUAUAGGAUGCUGUCAAGUCAUUCAAGUUAGCAGCACUGAAAAUGACCAAAAUCUUUUCCUUCCUGGAACAGAUCCAAGAAAAUUAGGUAGUCCCGCUUGCUUUUAAUAAAUACCUUUUAAGGUG